GCAGGUGCAGGCGUGUCAUUGGGCGCUGGCUUCCGAAGAUGACCUUUCCGUACUAUCUGGCCGUCGUCAGCCUGCCCAACGUGUACGAGCACCCGACCGAGCAGGACAUCAGAAACACGCGGGCGCCCAAUGGCAAGCCGGAUGAACUUGCCAACCUUUGCAACUUCGUCGUCAUCGUGGUAGAGGAGACAGCCCACGUCGUCCCCCUCGCCAUCCACAACAUCUCCAUCUGGUCGCCACUGACGAGCCAGGUCAUCUUGGUCCUGGACUCCGCCCCGUGGCUGCUGCCUGGAAUGACGCGAGAGGGCCCCGCCUUUUCUCCCGACAACAUCCUGGAGAACUCGGGUAGGACGCUGGACAACAUGUGGGCCCUGCGGCGCGCCCAGCGCAUGGUCGUGUACCAGACCACGCGGCCGGCGCGCUUCAUGGCCCUGGACGUGCUCCACAGGCGCACGCUCAGCAUCUGCGCGGACGACAGCGAGCGCAUCUGGCAGGUGCUCUCCAGGAACCUGACGGUGAGGAACCUCAACGGCCUCCCCGUCCGGCUGACCCUGUUCCCCCGGCGUCCGACCGCGGUCCUGCUCAAGAACGACUCGCGCGCCGCGUCGCACCAACACCCACUGGAGAGGGUCAUCGGCUACCUCGGCAUGGACGCGAGGAUCCUGGAGAUGUUCGCCUUGCGCCUCAACUUCAGCCCCGUGGUUCUCGGGACCACCGAUGGCAAGACGUUCGGAUACAACGUCAACGGGAAUUAUACGGGCACGCUCAAGGACCUGAUGACUGGCCACUCCGAUAUCGCCUUCAACCAGCACUUCAUCUUGGACUACAACUCGCAGGACGUGCUGCCCUCGGCCCCCGUCGACUACGACGCCCUGUGCGUGGUGAUCCCCUCUGGCGAGACCCACACCAAGUGGGCGCAGAUGCUGCAAGUGUUCAGCUUACAUGCCGUGCUUAGCUUCUUCCUCUUGGCCACCGUGCUGGUGGUCUUCUUCUACUUCAUCAGCGAGCACGCGCCCCGCCGCCCGACCUUGAACGACUCCAUCUUCUACAUGUACGCCAUGCUCUGCGGCGCACCCGUCGUGCCCCAACCCAAGGUGUGCUCGCAGCGGGUGCUCAUCGGCUGCUGCGCGCUGUUCGGCGUGCUCGCCACCAACUCAUUCCAGAGCCAGAUGGCCACGACGCUGUCGAGGGGCCGCACGCCGUUGCAGAUCAGGACGCUCCAGCAGCUGGACGAGUCCGGGCUUCUCAUCUUCACGGGCUCCGACUCGCUGCGCACCACCACCUUCGAGGGCGACAACCCCCUCCUGCAGAGACUCCUCACCAAGGUCAUCACGCCGCAGAACACGAGCGAGUUCUUUCGGGUAACGGACCCUUCCUAAACUACGUGGUGCUGAUCGU